ACGAGGAGAAGAAACCGUGGCAAAGAGUCUGGACACUACUGGGCCGACAGCACAGACAGCACAGAGAGCGCAGGCAGCGCUGCUAUCCGUGCGCUAUCGUCUCUUGGAGCGCAGGACGGUACCGCAUCGCACUUGUAACUGACAGUUGGCGUCCCAUAAUACUUUAUGCGGUUAAAAUUCCAUCAUAAGUCUCGUCAUUAUAAAUCAGCUCGAUUGUCGCGACAAGUAGAGGCUUUUUACUAUCCGAGCAGAAGCUGCUGAAUCGAAGAUAAAUUUCUGUGCGGUUUUACGAGCAUGAUUUGCCGAAGCCGAAGGCGUCUUCGGUGCGAUUGAAUUUCCCAUAGAAAAGUGAAGUGUAAGUGGAGUGUCAAGAAAUUGCGGAAUUAAAGUUUCGUUAUCUUUUCCGAGACGCGUACGCGUAGUUUAGUGAUUUUUGAAAAACUUCUUCCAGUUCAGUCAACUUUUUGACUCGGUGCGUGUCGAACACGUGUUUGCGAUGGGACUGUGAAAAAAAAUUGUUUAACUAGUUUAUCGCCCUUUUUUUCGUAAUGUGACAACUUGCUACCGAAUCAGAGUCUAGAGUGCACCUGCGUACGGGCACUUUACACCAGAGGCAAAAUACAAGAGGAGUUUAAAUGAAAAUUGACAAGACUUUGGGGCAGUUUGGCGAUCGCCAAUUAUUUGCGCUCGCUCACAUCGUGCGUGAGCCAAUUCAAGGUGGUUACGUAAAGUGCGGCAUGCCGUCUCAUUAAAUUGGCCGAACCUUGGGAGAGACUUUCAUUUUCAUUAUCACCAAGUUACGUAAGCCCCGCUGUGGCUCCUCGAAAGGCAGGUACACUGUGCGCGCGAACGAACGCUAAUAGCGAAAAUCAAAUUGCGCACGUGGCAAACGUAUUUAAACGAUAGACGCAACUAUUGUUACGUGAACGAGAGAGUCGACUGAUCGGACGGAUAACACGUGGCUCGAAGUGAAUAUAACGAAAUUUCUAUUCAAACGCGCCAGAUUGAGAUCCUCGUGAACGAGAGGAAAGUCAGGUCGUGAAUCGCAGCAAGUGAAAAACUGAGAAACUCUCGGAAAGACUUUGUGGCAGAAUUAUGUAUAAUUUGUAGUCGGCAUUAGCCGACUAAUUGCGUCGAAUCUUAAUUAAGGUUUGUGUAAUGAAUUUUUUUCCCCCCUAUAAACAGGCAAGAGCGAUGAGCUGCCGUCAUUGCCAGCCGAUGCGAGCGUAGAGGAAGUUCCGGUAGAGGAAGGAAGUUCCGGCUUGUCAGGAACGAUAACAAGAGGAACAGGAUAUCCGAGGAGGUCUGUACUGUUGUCCCGACAUGCACUGGGAGAAUCAAGAUUAGCAGAUCGGCUCGAGUCAGGAAACGGACAGCUACUCAAGUGCGAAUCCUGUCUGCUGAUUAUCGCUAUGAUAUCCUUUCCGCCCUGUGGAAGAAGACUCGAAAAAAUGCGGACGAGACCACCAGAUAUCUGUUCGUGACGUCACUUUCUGGGACUCUUCUGACAGAACAGCAGGAAGCCAACGCGACAGCCCGAAUAGAUUAAAAAUAGUUUGAUAAGACUAGCGGGCGAAAAAUAAAAAAAAUUAUUAAUGAUUAAUUAAUAAGUUAAGAAAGUUAAUAUUCUAGUGAAAAGUGUGCGAUAACAGUGAGAAAUGGUGUUCGGUGCGAUAGUAGUGACGUCAGCAUUGAAGGGAGCCAUUGGCCUCGUAGGUAGCAGCCUUUGGCUGAUACCCCUUCUUAUCGCUGGUUUGUCAUAUUAUAGAUACGAUCAAUUGGAUCCGGAAAGUCGACCGAUCGAUCGAUAUCCAGUCGAUCCGAUUUACGACUUUGUGGUGAUCGGCGGCGGAUCGGCCGGUGCAGUAGUAGCCAGCAGACUCUCCGAGAUAGCAAGCUGGCAGGUACUGCUCCUGGAAGCUGGUCCGGACGAGAACGAGAUCACAGACGUCCCGUCGCUGGCUGCUUACUUGCAGCUGACCAAGCUGGACUGGAAGUACAAAACUGAGCCGACCGGAAAGGCUUGUCUGGCCAUGAACGGCGGAAGGUGCAACUGGCCCCGAGGGAAGGUCCUGGGAGGCUCGAGCGUCCUGAACUACAUGCUCUACGUCAGAGGCAACAGGCGGGACUACGAUCACUGGGAGGCCCUCGGGAAUCCAGGCUGGGGCUACGAGGAGGCCCUUCGCUACUUCAAGAAGUCCGAGGACAACAGGAAUCCCUACCUCAAGGACAGUCCCUAUCACGGUACUGGUGGAUACCUGACGGUCCAGGAGGCGCCCUGGAAGACGCCGCUGGUCGUCGCCUUCGUGGAGGCUGGCACUGAGAUCGGUUACGAGAACAGGGACAUAAACGGGGAGUACCAAACGGGAUUCAUGAUAGCUCAGGGUACCAUACGCAGAGGGAGCCGAUGCUCGACGGCGAAGGCCUUCCUGCGACCGGUGCGCCUCAGGAGGAAUCUUCACACGGCAAUGAACUGCCACGUCACCAGGAUCAUCGUCGACCCGAGGACGAUGAAGGCCGUCGCCGUUGAAUUUCAUCGGGACGGACGGAAGCAGAUCGUCAGAGCGCGCAAGGAGGUGAUCCUCUCGGCUGGCGCCGUCAACAGUCCCCAGAUUCUGAUGCUGUCGGGCAUCGGCCCGAAGGAACAUCUUCGUCAGCUUGGUAUCCCCGUGCUGAAGGACCUGCGCGUGGGCGACAAUCUUCAGGAUCACGUUGGCAUCGGCGGAAUAACCUUCCUCAUUGACAAACCUGUCGCCAUCGUUCAGAACAGGUUCCACCCGGCACCGGUUACCAUGCACUACGUGGCCAACGGCAGGGGCCCGAUGACCACCCUGGGAGGCGUCGAAGGAUACGCCUUUGUAAAUACUAAAUUCGCGAACGCAUCUGGGACCUAUCCCGACGUGCAGUUCCACAUGGCCCCGGCCUCGAUAAAUUCCGACGGCGGUCUUCAGGUGCGCAAAGUUCUGGGCAUCACGGACGAAGUUUACGACGCCGUUUACAGGCCCAUCGCCAACAAGGAUGCCUGGACCAUCAUACCUCUGCUGCUAAGACCCAGGUCCAGGGGCACCAUCAGACUGAGGAGCGCCGACCCGUUCCAGAGUCCCAUAAUCGACGCGAAUUACUUUGCCGAACCCUUCGACGUCGCGACGCUCCUCGAGGGUGCCAAAAUCGCCAUGAAGGUCAGCGAGGGUCAGGCGUUCAAGCAGUUUGGCACGCGAAUUCAUCGAGCCAAGAUUCCUGGAUGCAGACAUUUCAAAUUCGCCUCCGACGCCUACUGGGAGUGUCACAUUCGUCAUAUAUCCAUGACGAUUUAUCAUCCUGUCGGAACUGCCAAAAUGGGACCACCUACCGAUCCAAGUGCAGUAGUCGAUCACAAGCUCAGGGUCUACGGGGUCCGCGGCUUGAGAGUGAUCGACGCGUCCGUCAUGCCCACCAUUUCCAGUGGAAAUACGAACGCUCCUGUUAUCAUGAUUGCUGAGAAAGGUGCUGACCUGAUUAAGACCGAUUGGCUGUCGACCAAUAUUCAACCAAUCUGGCCAAAAGUACAAAAGCACAAGCUCCGAAAGGUCCCGGCUACGAAGCUCUGGCGGUGCGCAGCUAAGGAGAAAAGAAUCGUCUGGACCAGAGCACGCAUCCUGGCGAUCCACAUAAGCAGAAGAUUUGCUGAGCGUGAUCGAGAUUCGGAGGUCAUCAGAGUAAAGAAGAAAAAUAACGUCCCAAAAGAAAUAUCCAAUAUAUCGAAUAGAGCUCCGGCAGAAGGUUUAACGUCAGCCCAGCUGGUGACCAGGGUGUCCACGAGGGUUCCACAUCGACUAGACACGAUGCGUAGCCGAGGAUUCAGUUCCAGGAUCCUCUACCUGGUGGCGUUCGCGUUCCUGGGCUCCCUCGCUGAUAGGAACGAGGAGAAGGAGCUGAAGAAACUGAUGAAUCUGCCCGAUCAUAUAAGCAAAAAGAUCUUGGACGGUUCUGCCAAAGAUGAAAUACCGGACAAGACGCCAGGCUCGUCCGCGGAAUACGACUUCGUCGUGAUCGGCGCCGGAGUCGGCGGAGCCACCGUAGCCGCUAGACUCUCGGAGAUCCCGGAAGUUAGCGUCCUCCUGCUCGAGGCUGGAGGAGAAGAGAACGCCCUGAUGGACAUCCCUCUAUCGGCCCACUACCUGCAGUUCCCGAGCUUCCUCAACUGGAAGUACGAGACCGAGCCUUCGGACACGUAUUGCCUGGGGAUGAAGGGUCGAAAAUGCAAAUUGCCCAGGGGAAAGGUCAUAGGCGGAAGUAGCGUCCUCAAUUACAUGAUAGCGACGAGGGGCAACUCCAAGGAUUACGACCGCUGGGCUGACCUGGGCAACGACGGCUGGUCCUACGACGACGUUUUGCCUUACUUCAAGAAGCUGGAAGGCUUGGACAUCCCAGAACUUAACGAGGAUACGAAAUUUCACAAUAGAAAUGGACCCGUCAGCAUCGUUCAUCCUCCUUAUCGCACGCGUAUUUCCGAGAGUUUCCUGGAAGCUGGCGUCAAGAUGGGAUACGAAAUUCUAGACUACAACGGGAGGAACCAGACCGGAUUCUCCUUCGAACAGACCACCACGAAGAACGGCCAACGGAUGAGCAGUAACAGAGCCUACGUGCGUCCGGCCAGGCACCGGGACAACCUGGUCGUGUCUAAGCACAGCUUGGUCAGUGAAAUUUUAAUAGACAAACUCACCAAGAGAGCCUAUGGCGUAAAGUUCCGGAAGACACUGAAAGAGAUGACGGUUCUGGCGAGGAAGGAAGUGAUCUUGUGCGCAGGCGCAAUAGGAUCGCCGCAGCUGCUGAUGCUAUCGGGGGUCGGUCCUCGGGAUCAUCUCAAGGAAAUGGCAAUAGAGCCGAUCCAGGACGCUCCGGUUGGUGACAAUUUUCAGGAUCACCUGUUCUACGGCGGUCUGGUAUUUCUGAUCGAUGAACCGAUAUCGAUCUUAAGAAGAGAUGUUCUCAAUCCAUUCAUGGGAUACUUGUUAAAGUACGUGAUUGCGAAAACUGGUCCGUUGACUGUACCGGGGGGAACGGAGGCUCUGGCCUUCAUCGACGUCAGUGGCACACCGGAAACGAAGGAUUACCCUGACCUGGAGCUACUGCUGUUCAGCAGUUCUCUUCUCGGCGAUUCAACGAUCCAACUUGCACUCGGCAUCAGUGACGAACUCUGGAAAGAGACAUUUGCCAAGUACGAAGGACACCAUUCCUGGAUGGUCGCGCCGAUAAUCCUCAGACCCAAGAGUCGAGGUCUUAUACGUCUCAGGGACAAGAGCAUCUCCAGCAAGCCCAAGAUCGUAGCUAACUACAUGGAUGACCCUGAUGACGUCAGGGUCCUCAUAGCUGGGAUCAGAGCCAGCAUUGCUCUCAGCCAAACGGACCCAAUGCGUGAGCUUGGCUCGCGACUGAUUGACGUUGUGCUUCCACCCUGCAAGCACCAUCCAUUUAGCUCCGAUGCCUAUUGGGAAUGUGCGUUGCGCACUUUGACCUUGAACCUCUAUCAUUACUCCGGCACCUGCAAAAUGGGACCACGGAACGAUUCGACGGCCGUUGUCGAUCCUAGACUAAAGGUGAUCGGUAUCGAAGGACUUCGAGUGGCAGACGCAUCUAUAAUGCCCGAAAUUCCAUCGGGUCACACAAGUGUGCCAACUUACAUGGUAGCCGAAAAGUUGGCAGACAUGGUCAAGCAGGACUGGGGUUAUCCCACGGAUCCACUUCCAUCAUAAAUAAUGAACGAGAUCGAGAGGGAAGUUUCCAAAGAUCUUGGCUACCGGAAAUAAAUGGGCCUCAGACAAAAAUUCCUAUCUCUAAUUAACCAUUCUGAACCAUCAAACAGUCUUUAUAAUUUAUAAUUGUCUAGUCGCAAAAUACAAUAAACAAAAUAAAGCAAGGAGAUUCGCACAAGGGUGCAGCCGCAGCUGCUUCCGUGUCUGACGAUUACGUUGCGUCGGAUUGGAUCCCAUGAAUGUCACGAGUAAAUGUCAUCCAAUUAAUCCGUAGCUAUCGAUUGUCACUUGUCGCCCUGAUUUAGCCACUUUACUUUAUCAUUCGUUCGCCCCAUUUUCGUGCGAAUGCCAAUUUACCCGUAACGUUAAACACCUGUACAAACACUCUGUAUGAAGUUACAAGGUCGGUGGCUGGAAUCGAAUAGAAAUUCCAAAAAAUUGUUCGAUAUCGAUCGGCGAUUGACGUCGACUGUUUAGCGACAUUUUUGAAGGAAAAAAAAUCACAAUGAUCUAUUUCUAUUCCCCAGCAUCGUGACGCAACAGACUUUUCGUACAGUCGGAUCAAGUUAACCGUUGCACAUGGUGCACCAAGAGGUGUUAGUUAUACUGAAUUAAAAAGUGGGUAAUUGUAGUUGCACUCGAACAAUGGCAAGUAGGGAGAAAAUAAAGACGCAUUUAAAUUAUAGGCUGCAUCGCUGGUACGUUCAGGAUAUCUAUUGUCAGUGGACUUUGAAUAUUAUUAAUCUGUAAUUCAUUUGUAUUCCUAGGGCAAAUCCAUUACGUGUAACGCUUUCAAGAUUACCUCUGAUUUCCUAACGUGCGAAUGAUUCGUUUUCGAAGACGCAGAUGGAAAGAGUUAUUGUGGAUAGAGAGAAGAGAGACGUGACUGGUCGAAGUAGCAAUGGGAAGAAUAAAAUUAUGCGAGAAACAGGCAAAUUAAGGACAAUAAAGGUGAAACCGGCAGAAAA